UAUUUUAGUUUGUGUUCAACAACUUUAACAACAAAACAAAAACAAAUUAUUAAAUGGAUAGUUUUUAAGGUGACCAGACAAUACAAAAGUCUAUUCUAACAACAAGAAAAACUGCCAAAUUAUAAAUAAAGGGGCGCACUGACUCGGUUCAUCCAACCAAUAAUAAUUUUCAUCCCAACUUGCUCUCAAAUGCUAUAGGUUCCAGCUCUAUUCAGUAAAGAUAAGAAAACAGUCACGCGCUUGAAAGAGUCAUGGAAGUGAACAAGAACGAUUCUUUAGUUCAAAGAUUCGUUCAAACCCCCCCGACUCGCUUCAGAAAACCUCUUCCAGAUUCUGUUCCAACUCUAAUUUUUAAGACGGAUGCGAAUCAUUCACAAUCAAAAGUGCUAUAUCUAUCAUCAAAAAGUAUUGUGAGCAUUCGAUAUCAUUCUUUAGACAUCGAGGUUGCGUGUGUGUUGAACUGCCAUUAAGUCUCCUAUUUCAGUUUCACUUUUGCAAACGAAUCAGGAAAUAAAAGCAGCAUGUAUGAUCCUACAAGCCUGUGAAGUUUAAGAUAUUAUUUCCACAUAAAGUGUUAGAAAUCCAAGAUAUUUUUCAGCAUUGCGUACAUUUAAAGCAGGUGUAAUGAUCAGUGAUUAUGGAAAACCGUCAUGACGAAAAUGCUGCGAACCACUCGACCACUCUGACGAAUAAACAGCGCGGGAAUGAGGUCACAGUUCGACCGGCCACUUUAGACAACCUCUCAAUUCAUCAACUCGCAGCCCAUGGAGAGAUUCCACAACUGGAGAUACAUUUAUCCAAAGACAAUUCUCUACUUAACAAUCAAGAUGAAAGAGGUUUUACACCACUGAUGUGGGCUGCUGCAUUUGGAGAGAUAACGAUGGUGGAGUUUCUCCUUCAGAAGGGAGCAGAUCCAAAAACACUUGCUAGAGAAAGGGAAAGUGCCCUGUCUCUGGCCAGCGCAGGAGGAUUUGCAGAUAUCGUUAAUAUUCUUUUACAGCAUGGUGUUGAUAUUGAUUCCUAUGACUGGAAUGGUGGGACCCCACUUCUGUACGCAGUUCGUGGCAAUCAUAUGAAAUGUGUCGAAGCCCUGUUACGAUGUGGAGCAGAUAUUACAUUUGAAGCAGACUCUGGAUACAGUCCUGUUGCUCUCGCUGUUGCUUUGGGCCACAAAAAAGUUCAAAAACUUCUUGAAGAUCACAUUCUGAAGCUGUUUCGGGGACCAGUUUCAGUGUCUGAAAACACAUGAAGCACUUAUGAGACCUUUUAAUAACCCUGCGAACUAUGUAGCUUUAUUUUGCAUGAAAGAUGUAAAGAACAUUGUUUUUCUACUUUUUUGUUUUUAUUAAAAAACACUUUUACAAA